AGUCUCUGGAGGCCCAGGAAUUUGCCACAAAGACCUCUGAGUCUCCCUCCCCCAAAACUUCGGGCCUGGCCCAGAGGGAGGUUCGGGAAAGAUGAGAAGUCAGAAUGGACUUCCAAAGAAAAAGUUUUUUUUUUCCCCCUGAGCCUCUGGGUCCUAAAGCUGGUUGGAGGCAUCUCUAGCUUUUCCUGGCUCCCCAAGUCUAGGCCCCUUCUGGCACCAGGUGAGGCCUUAAUCUGGACAUUUCAGUCCUUCCCCUGCCCCAACUUUCUUCCCAAGAGGGGAGGGGAGGGGAGGCUGGAGGAGGGAGAGUGCAGUCUCAGUGAAAGGCAGCUUUGUCCUGCAAAAGCCAGGCUGCUAGACAGACAGCGGGGUCGAGCUCAGUCCGGAGGCUGGAGGUGUCAGUGCCAGGUGUGCGGGGUAACCCGAGUUGUGUUGCCCCUAGACGCCGGCGCGGGUGUUUGCGGGGCCACCUAGAGGGUGCAAAGGGGGUACUCAAGAAAAGACCAGAUUCUGAGGCUUCUUCACCAGGAGCGUAGGCAAAGUGAAGAGAGGUGGAACUUAAGGUGGGGGACACUGCCGGUGGGGAGGGGCUUUCUGGCCGGAAAAUAUAGCCCCACCCACCCGGGUCCGGGGGAGAGGGCAGGGGCGGGGUAAGCCUUGCAAGGGUGGAAAGGCCACCCCACGUAGCGGACUAGAGCUACAACUGACCCUCGGAAAGAGACGGGUGUCCCAACGUCCCUGCUCUAGCCCGAGGCCCGGCGCUAAGACCCAGCAGGAGCUCCGGGAGGGGUGGGGGUUGGGGGGCCGGAGCCAUCGGUCCUCCCGCUGCUCCGGGAGCCUCGGGGCGCGGCGUGGGCAUGGCUCGCCCGGCUUGGGGGUUGCUGUGGCUGCUGCUGGGCAGCGCCGGCGCGCAGUACGAGAAGUACAGCUUCCGAGGCUUCCCGCCGGAGGACCUGAUGCCCCUGGCCACGGCCUACGGCCACGCUCUGGAGCAGUACGAGGGCGAGAGCUGGCGCGAGAGCGCGCGCUACCUGGAGGCGGCGCUGCGGCUGCACCGGCUGCUGCGCGACAGCGAGGCCUUCUGCCACGCCAACUGCAGCGGCCCCGAUGCCGCCGCCGCCUCGCAGUCCCGGCCCGCGCCCGGCCCGGACGAUGAUCGCGACGGCGGCGAGGACUGGGCGCGCGAGCUGCGGCUCUUCGGCCACGUCCUGGAGCGCGCCGCCUGCCUGCGGCGCUGCAAGCGGACGCUGCCCGCCUUCCAGGUCCCCUACCCGCCGCGGCAGCUGCUGCGCGACUUCCAGAGCCGCCUGCCCUACCAGUACCUGCACUACGCGCACUUCAAGGCGAACCGACUGGAGAAGGCGGUGGCUGCGGCCUACACCUUCCUCCAGAGGAACCCCAAGCACGAGCUGACCGCCAAGUAUCUCAGCUACUACAGGGGGAUGCUGGAUAUCGGAGAUGAGUCCCUUACGGACCUAGAGGCCCAGCCCUACGAGGCUGUGUUCCUCCGGGCUGUGAAACUCUACAACAGUGGGGACUUCCGCAGCAGCGCAGAAGACAUGGAGCGGGCCCUGGCUGAGUACAUGCUGGUCUUCGCUCGGUGUCUAGCCGGCUGUGAGGGGGCCCAUGAGCAGGUAGACUUCAAGGACUUCUACCCAGCCAUAGCAGAUCUCUUUGCAGAGUCCCUCCAGUGCAAGGUGGACUGCGAAACCAAUCUCACCCCCAACGUCGGCGGCUACUUCGUGGAGAAGUUUGUGGCCACCAUGUAUCACUACCUGCAGUUUGCCUACUACAAAUUGAACGACGUGCGCCAGGCUGCCCGCAGUGCUGCUAGCUACAUGCUCUUUGACCCCAAGGACAGUGUCAUGCAGCAGAACCUGGUGUAUUACCGCUUCCAUCGGGCUCGCUGGGGGCUCGAAGAAGAGGAUUUCCAGCCCCGGGAGGAGGCCAUGCUCUACCACAACCAGACCUCUGAGCUUCGGGAGUUGCUGGACUUCACACACAUGUACCUUCAGUCAGAUGAUGAGAUGGAGCUGGAGGAGACAGAAUCGCCCCCGGAUGAACCAGGGGAGGCAGAAGAACCCCCGUCUGAUGCCGAGUUUGAAGGGGAGGGAGACUAUGAAGAGGGCCUCUAUGCCGACUGGUGGCAGGAGCCAGAUGCCAAGGGCGAUGAGGCUGAGGCUGAACCAGAGCCUGAACUGGCAUAAGAGUGGUGGCGCACGCCUUUAAUCCCAGCACUCGGGAG